AUGGCUGCACGGAGCUCUGGCAAUAACUCCUGGUUCGGCUGCCUCCUGGCGGCCAUUUUGGCUGCGAAAUCAGCUAAAUUGAGCGUCAUGGCGAGGAGUGGUGGCAGGUUGAAGAUGAUGGCCAGAAUGUGCGAUUACAACAUUGACCCUCAAGGUGAUGUCAUUCUCACCUUGACAAACCCCAACGCCCCGAUCCCUUUCUGUAAACCGAAUCUUUGGUUUGGAAUAGCACCGUCGCACGCGUCGGUGACUUUCCUGGUCUCAUCGCGCCACCUCGUAUUGGCCUCGCCUGUAUUCAAGGCAAUGCUAACUGGUGGCUGGAGCGAAGGGGACAAGAAGGAUGGCCAGUAUAACAUCCGUGCCGAGGGAUGGGAUACCGAGGCUUUCAGGACUGUCAUGAACGUCCUUCAUGGCCGAUAUCGCCAGGUCUAUUACAAGAACGCCAUACCGAACACACUGGAAACGCUGGUUAGGAUAGGGGCCAUCGUUGAUUAUUAUAAGAUCCACGAAGCGUUCGAACCCAUGGCGUUUCUGUGGACCCGAACACUCAAGUUUAUGGCCCCUAGCGUUUCGUUUUCCCCCGAAGAUAUUUUAUGGAUCAUGAUCUCAUGGGUUUUUAAAGACGGCGAAACGUUUCGGCAGACCACCAAGGCUGCUAUCUUGUGGGGAAAAGGGGAUAUAAUGGCACAAGGUCUUCCAAUACCACCACCUAUUAUCGACCGUAUCAAUCAACGCCGCAAAGAAUCCCUCGAUGCGAUUGCCGCCGCGCUCCAGAACCUCCAAAAAGACUAUGCCGAGGGUCGUGAGGGCUGCAGCUUUGAAUGCAGCGCCAUCCAACUCGGUGCCUUGACCAAAAAUAUGCACGACCUCGAUCUCGUGGGACAUGGUCCCAAGUCACCAUUCGGGGGGGGCGUCUGUGUUGUGGAGGUGGUAGAAAAAAUAAAAGACAUGAAAUCGCCAACUUGGCACACUGCAGUUAGCAGAAGUGCGAGGAGAGGGUUGCCUGCUCACGCUAGAACAUCCGAGUCCACUUGGGAGGAACACCAGUGCCUCCAGAGAGAACGAAGCGAUGACAAUGUCAUUCAGCCUGGUGUUGGGAGCACUACAAGGAAGGCGCUUGCCGAUCUUCCCAGACAUCUCAGCGUGUGUAUCAAAGACAAAAUCGAAGGACUGUGCUUAGCGGAUUUCACAUCGGACGACAAAAAGGAGUAA